GUAACCAACCUGACCGUGCGUGCCGGGAGUCCAAGUCCUUCCGAACAGACACUGCCCUCACUGUGGUUCGGCGAAACCGCUCAUUUCUGCAGAACCCUCAGUACCGCUCGCGAGCUAACUAGCUAGCUAGCUAGCCAGCCCAGCAGCUAGCAACAACAGCCGUCUGUCAGGAAGGCGUUUUCUCGAAGUCCGGUUCCGACUCUGAGUCUCGGAGGAACCUGUGCACAUCCCCCCAUCGUAGACGGUUUCAUCCUCUGCUUCUGCGGCUGAUGCUCAGCUGCUCAGCGGGGUUGCUUCUGACCCAUGUGAUGAAUGGCUGCAAGCCGGGGAGGAGUGGCCUUCUGGGUGGGCUGCGUCUGCAGCAACGGUGCCAGGAAACCCGUCCAGAACCGGAGCCGGAGUCAGGUGGUUGACUGGCGAUGGCUCGGUCCGACUCGGCCCCUGAGCAGUGCGGUGUGGGCUUUGGCACCCCCCAACAGCCUGAGAUAUCAGAACGUGAAGCAGCCGGUGCUGUCCCACCCACUGCACCCGGCCAUCCGGCCACAGAAACCUGGCUGCGCCGAGGAGGACUGGGAGGAAUCACGCAGCGUGUGCGUGCUGGUGCCGCCCAGAGAGUCAGAGCGCCUGCGCAGUUUGCUAGCGCAUCUGCCUGAGCUCAGCCACACGAACGCAGCAGAACUACACUUUCUGAAGACUCGCCGGUUGUCUGCGUUCUCCUUCCCCCUGACGACGGUGAAUGGGAGCAGGGAGGAUGAUAUAAAUGUUCUGAGCCUGCAGAGGGACACUGACCUGCAGGGGGAGCCAGACUGCUUCAGGAGCCUGUUUGAGGCGGAGCGGUGUCCCGCUCCCUUCAUGUAUGGCUCCCGCUUCUAUUGCUUCCAUUGCCCGAUCAGUCAUCUGCUACCAGACGGGAAGAUCAGAUCCUUCCAGAAUGGUGGACUUAGCAGGAGGCAGGAGGUCUCGUUGAUGCCAGCUGUCACUCUGUGCAGCCACGCCAGCCAGACAGACGGCCAGCAAAGAGAGCAGGAGGAGGAGGAGAGGCUGGCCUUGAUGCUCGAGAAACUGAGAAUCGAGCUUCCCAGCUUCUUUUUGACAAACCACGAUUACAGCAUUUACUCCAACGAUGUAGAGUUCAUCAACGGCCUGCUCAACAUCAAGACCAGAGGGCGGCAGGUGUACCAGCUCACGCUCUCGCUGUGGCGCUUCCUGGUUCUGUGUUACUAUGCUGAGGCUCGGCUGGAUGUGCUCAAGCUCACCAAGCAUCCAGAGGACGGCACCAUCAAGGCUCGCUGGAGGAUCAGGGGCCUCCCCUUCCACUGCGUGCUGCUGCGCUUCUACCGUAAAGACAAAACCCACCUGUACAGGUCCUACGACGCAUUUUCUACAUUUUAUGUGGGGCAGGAUGGACUUAUUCACUGUCACAAAGUUGAAAAGGUGAUGCCGGCUCAGCCCCCCGUCCUGCCCAGAGUGCGGGCCCUCCUAACCGGCGCCCUCGUGGCCCUGGGCGUGCAGGAGCACCGCCCCGCUCUCAACCUGCUGCCCCCCCUCCUGUCCUCACUGCGGCAGAACAGAGACUGACCCCAACCCACAGAAGGAACUCGCUUGUUUACAUUUGCAGAUUCACAGCAGUCUCCUCAGCUCCCAGGACCUCCUCCUCCUCAUCCUCCUCCUCCUGAACUGAGCUGAGUCAGCCCUCCUGCUUCCAGUUCUUUGGCUGUUGUUAUCUUGGCCUCAAAUGUUGGUUUAUGCUGCACGUUUGUCACCGCUCCUUAUCCUGACAGUUCUAACAUGAAACUGCUGUGUUCUCCGUUUUUAAAAGUGUAAUGGUCCAAUAACACGCGUGAAUGUCGGGUACACACUGGCGGAAAUCCGACUCAGCAUAUGGUUGGUGCAAUAAAUGAAGCUAACGUUC